GAAUCACCUGCCGUCUCACAGAGAGCAUUUAACAUCCGAGGAGCCUCAGAGCUGCUUCCAGCCAACACUUUCAGGUGUUCCUUUUUGUUUGUCGUGAGCUCGGGCAGGUAAACCACAGACAUCCUGGGUCCUCUACGUGUCAGCAGCCCUGCAGAGUCGAUGGACCAGGAAUCCAGCCGGUCAGGAGUGGGCAGCGACGAUGAGUUCUCAUCCCUGGUGGAACUCAGGCUGAGCUCAGAUGAGGACAGCCCUGAAACCCAGGGUCCAUGUCUCGCGGUGCCUCAGGCUCCUCUGCAGAGCUACAAGCAGAGGUUGGAGGAGUUCAGGAGGCUGUUCAAAGAACUGCCUGAAUCAGAGCUGCUCAUACUGGAUUAUCCGUGUGCGCUCCAGAGGGACAUCCUCCUGCAGGGACGCCUCUACCUUUCAGAGAACUGGGUCUGUUUCUACAGCAAUGUGUUCCGCGGGACCAAGAUUACAUUGACUCUUAAAGACAUCACCGCGAUGUCCAGAGAGAAAAUGGCUCGACUGAUCCCAAACGCCAUCCAGAUCUGUACAAAAACUGAGAAGCUCUUCUUCGCCUCCUUCCCAGCGAGAGAGCGGAGCUACCAGAGUGUUUUUCGAAUGUGGCAAAACACUUUGAUGAACAAAGCUCUGAGCGGCCAGGAGUUGUGGCAGAUGGUGAAACAGCAUUAUGGGAAUGAUCUGGGCCUGAGCAAUGAGGAGAUGGAGACUCUACAGGUGUCCACAGAUGCAAACAUGCAGACCAGCCCGACACAGAAGCCUGCUGGUGAUGAUGGYUCUCUGAAACUGGAGCGACCCCAGUCCCUCCGCCUCCCCGCCGUGGACGUCGGGCCCAUCGAGAGCUCUACGCCUCAGGGGGAGGAGUUCCCCGUCACGUCACCCAAAGCCAACACGGAUGAGCCGCGCCACUCUCCGUCCGUGCGGCGCAGCCCCGUCCAGUCGCUGGAGGAGCGUCUCUCCCCAGAUAGAGUCUCCAAACGCUCCUCGAACUCUCUCGACCUCAACGCCAACGAGAACCUGGUUUCUGAGCAAAGCGGCUCAGAAAGCGAAGAAGCAGUGGAGGAGCGCAUCAGUCUGUCGGAGGUGCCGGGYCGGCUGUACCUCAACAGGGUUUUCCUCAUCAGCGCGAGCAAAAUGUUUGAUUUGCUCUUCACCGACUCCAGCUUCACUCGCAGGUGUAUGAACGCUCGUAAAAUCACCAAUCUCAGUCUUACUGCCUGGCAGAAGGACUCCUCGGGGAACGGGAAGCGGACCCUCAACUAUACCAUAACCAUCACCAACCCUCUGAUUGGGAAGUUCUCCACAGCUACAGAGAAUCAGACUCUGUACAAAGAAUCCAGGGAGGGCCAGUUUUACAUCGUGGGCUCAGAGGUUUGCAUGCACGACGUUCCCUAUCACGAUUACUUCUACACACAAAGCCGGUACUACAUCGUGGGCAUCUCWAAGCGGAAGUGCCGACUGAGGGUGUACACUGAUGUGAAGUACAAGAAGCCAACAUGGGGCCUGAUCAAGUCCUUCAUUGCCAAGAACUCCUGGAGCGGCAUUGAGGAUAAUUUCAGACGGCUGGAAGCAGAGCUGCUGGAGGAGGAGGCGGAGAUGAACCAAGCAGGAGGAGAGCCAGGAAAGAUAGGACUCCGGAGGAGGAGGCGGACGUACAGCCGGACUCUGUCAGAGCACAUAAARCCCAUCAAACAGUACGGGCAAGAUCCUGAACCCAGAGAUGGAAACAUGGGGCACUUGGAUAUGACGGGCUCCUACAGGUGGAACACGGCUACAAUAGUGGCUGGCAUGAGUGUCAUUUUGCUGAUUCUGAUAGUUCUGAAUCUGGGCCUGUUCUUCAAGCUUUGGGCCAUGGAGGAUGUGGCUCAUCGUGUGCUCCUGAGCACGAAGCAUCGGCUGAAGGAUCGACUGGAGGCCAGCUUCACGCCUGAAUUCGGUCCCAAACCGGGACAGAGUUUCAGGUCCAGUGAGGACGCACGCCUGCUGAAGACUGUACUGCAGGACUCCAUUAAUCUGUUGGAACAGCUCCGUAACUCCUUGCUGGUGCUCCAGCAGAACUUUGCUUUGGCCAAUCGAACAGCAGCACAUCACGGAGUUUAACCACACGGGGUCGAAACCUGCAAACUGACUGCUGGGAGGAGGAAGUUAAAUCAGAACCAGCUGCACAGAAAGCAGAAGGUCCUGUCUUGUCAUCCGUUAGUUUAUUUUUUGUUUUUGAAUUUAGUAAAUUCUCGUGU